ACAUGCUGUGAAUGGGACCCCUUCCUAGAUCGCCUGCCCGAAUGUGCGUAUCUUUGCGUAAGAUGUCUUCGCGGCCGAAGGCCGUGCAUCGAGGACGUCCAGGCCGCGUGUAAUCUAGCUCCCCAGAAUUCAUUAGAGGUUGCACUUGUCCGGGAUUUGAUUUGCCGAGGACGUGAGUUAUCUUCGAAUGCGAUGUCUGUGCUCUCAACUAUUGGUGACGAUGAUGCAUUGAGUAUUGAACUCGAAGAGAAAGCUCAAACAGCCGUGGAAUCAGUUUUGGCAUGCGAAAUUCUCGACAUGGACAUUCUGCCCAAAGUUGUUUCUGUCAUUCAGAAGACUUGCUCAGAUAUCCUAGAGCAUCAGAGGAGCGCGUGGGUGGAAAUGAGGAGCCGGCCGACACGUUCAUCUCCAUUGCCGUCCCUUUUCGUUCGAUUAAAACGCGGAAAACGAAACUCUGGAAAGCACACGGCCAAAAAGGAACGUAAGAAGUCACGAGUCGUUUACCAUCAGGACGACGAACAGUGCUCCGCCGACACUUGUCUUAAACCGUACGGUGAAACCGUGGGAUGGAUUUUGUGCGAAGCAGGCUGCGCUCGUUGGUAUCAUUACGUCUGCAUUGGUAUGACAGCCGAAAGUGCCAAAUCCUUGCCAGCCUACAUUUGCUACCGCUGCAGCAGUACUGUGCAACAAAUUGCACAACAUCCAGUGGCUGUAUAA